GCGUGCAGGAAGCAGGAAUCCGGACUGCUUGUUGCUGCUGCUGAUGGGGAAGUAGAGAGUGGUUGUCUGCAUGAGCUGACAAAGAUGCACAUCAUCCCACUUCUGAGAGCAGGCAUGAUCCCCACCGCCAGGUGAAAGAACCAAACUGCAAAAAAAAACACACUACAACAGCUCGGAAGUUCAGCUCCACUGGGUGAAGAGAUUGCAGUCAGCGAAAAAAAAACAAGACAGGAGCACUUCACCCCAACCCUUACCCCCCCCCUUGUUCCCCCAACCCCCUCCCGAAUCUGUCAGACCCGCGGACCCGGUUCGAGAUGUCAAGGAAAAAGACUCUGAAGAGUAAAAGUCACACGUCUCCCAGCACCACCUUACCAGCCAGCAGGGGGAAAGAACAAGAGGCGAAAUCACGGAAGCUCAACUCCAGCGGCCAGGCUUUGAUAAACGGAGUGAUCCUGCCUAACAGACCCUCUCUGAGCAACAGCAGCGAGUUCUAUGACCUCGCAUUUAAGGUGAUGUUGGUUGGAGACUCUGGAGUGGGGAAAACUUGUUUACUGGUGCGCUUUAAGGAUGGUGCUUUCCUAGCCGGAAGCUUUAUUUCUACAGUGGGCAUUGACUUCAGGAAUAAAGUAUUGAAUGUGGAUGACGUGAAAGUUAAGCUGCAGAUCUGGGAUACUGCAGGGCAAGAAAGGUUUCGCAGCGUGACUCAUGCUUAUUAUCGAGAUGCCCAUGCUCUUUUGCUGCUAUAUGAUGUCACAAACAAAACAUCAUUUGACAACAUUCAGGCCUGGCUGACAGAGAUUCAUGAAUAUGCAACACAAGACGUGGUAAUCAUGUUGUUGGGUAACAAGGCUGAUGCAACUCAAGAGAGGGCUGUUAAGAAAGAGGCAGGAGAAAAAUUAGCAAAGGAAUACGGAGUGCCCUUUAUGGAAACAAGUGCCAAAACAGGUCUAAAUGUUGAGCUGGCAUUUAUGGCUAUUGCAAAAGAACUGAAACACAGGUCAAUGAAAUCCCCAAACCACCCCAAGUUCAAGCUCCACGAUUAUGUGAACUCGGAAAUGAAAGGCACGGGUUGCUGCAGAUCGUAACUGCCCCAUUCUUUCUGCCGAUACAUUUGUACAAGACUGAUUGGUGUUAAAUUGCCAGGACAGAUCGUCUCAUGGUUCUGCCAUUUUUUUUUGUGAAGUUCUUGCAUGUCUGUACUUUGUUGUCUGUACAUUGACAAGUGUUUAUCAGCCAAGAACACCUUGAAUUCAUUUGGGGAGGUGAGUGGGAUAUAAAUGGUGUUAAAUCAGGAUCGAAAGUACGAAACUUGAUUGUUUACAUAAUCUAAAUCUGCUUUUGCUGACUACAGUUUGUAUCAAUAGAAAAACAUACCUGUUUUGUUCUGUAGGACAUUAAAUGAAUGUACAUUGAUGUCCGUGAUUGUACUGAAUGUAUGCUGUGUAUAUUUUUUUAAUCCUUUACAAAGCCAGUUUUAAUUUCAUUUGGGGCACUGAGAAGAAUCCACAAGGGUGAAAAUAAAUCAGGAUGCCAGUUGCAAGGAAAUGCCAUUUGACCCCUUUAUUGCAUCUUGCUGAAAUAUUGUAAACUAUUUUUUAAACUAAUGCAUAAUUGUCAGACUUAUUAGAAUUUUUAAAUAGUUGCAACAGCUGUAAAAUAAAAUGUUUUCCAAGAAACCACAUUCCAAGAAGUGAAUGCGAAAAAAAAGCCAUGGUAAAAUCGA